CUUUGAGAUAAUAAAUUAAUAACCCCAACUCCAAAAUUCCUAAAAUGAACGUCAAUCAUCCGGAACCUCAACAAUACCCUCAAGCAACUCAGAACCCAGUCAACUACCCCCAACCCCCACAGAACUACCCUCAAAAUCAGGCAAUUUAUCCUCAAAAUCCACAGAUGCAGCCUUACCAACACCAGAACCCUUAUCAAGGGUUUGAACAGAUGGCACAGAAAAUUAAGAGCCUCUCUAUAUAAUCUAUUUUAUCUUCCUGGCUAUAGCUCUUGGUGGAACUCUCUUCCAAUUCAUCAUGGGGUGUUCUAGGUUCUACUUAGGCAUAUUCUGGUGGUUCUACAUUAUUGUGUCAAUUGGAGACUCUUGCUUCGGCCUGGCACAUGUAUUCCUGAAUAAUCUGAGUGCUAUGGCUAACAUUGUAUUUAUGAUAAUACAUCUGAAAUUUGUUUUAUUCCAUGUGGCAGUUUUCUUUUAUCUAUUGUUUGAUGUCAUUGUUGACUUAAAGUAUGUCUAUGGCAGUGAUAGACCAUUAAUAGUGAUCUUCUGGUUAUGCAUUAUCGUUCAAGUUUUCCCAAAAUUAUGUCUUGUCUCAAUUUCUGUGAUAAGAAGGAAGAUUCAAUUGAGACAACAAAGACAGCAAGUGAAUCAAGGAAUUUACGCUCCUCUCAAUCAGAACCCGCAAGCUUAUGGCCAAAAUCCACAAGCAUAUGCUCAGAAUCCUCAUGGUCAAGCUCCUGUUCCUGGGUACCAGCAAGUUCCAAGUGCAGCUAUUCCAAGGGAGGCUCCAAAUGGAAACAAUUCAAAUGGUCAAGCUUCUCCAACCCAAGAUUCCUAAUUUCAAGUAAUAAUUCAAACCCUAAUCAGAUCUUUCUCAUUCA